AUGGCAGAUCAGGGAUAUCCCAAGGGUGGGAGAUGGCGGAUCAAAUCAGGGCCUGGGCGCCGCUUCGAGCUGGAGGGAAAAGGCACAAGAUGGCGGCGGGGUGGUGAAGAGGUGGCAGCAAGGGGCCUUUGCUGGGCACUUGUAGUUUGUGACAUCACCAGAGUGACAACAUCAUGGACCAGAAUCCUCCUUAACCUCACCUCUCAUACGUGGUUUUGGAAUCUCAUUCAGAAUGAUUUCAAGACUGGGAAUAUUGAUUUAGAGGGUUGCAUGAGGCUGCUUGAAAAAAUGCAAAUACCUUUUGAUGAAGAACACGUAAAGCAUGUUUUCAAGAGAACUGUUGACAAACACCAAGGACAGAUAAUUAACAUGGAUGACUUCAGAGCAAUUUAUCGAGCGCUUGUACACAGACCUGAAUAUGAAGAACUGUUCAAGGCUUACUCGUCGGAUGGCAAAACUAUACCUGAUGCCCAGCUCAUUAAAUUUCUCAUAAAAGAACAAUUUCAGACUGACGCUGGUGAAACAAAUGCAUUAGAAAUUAUUAUGAAGUAUGAACCCAUUGAUGACGUGAGGAAGAGAAGGCAUCUGUCGUUUGAAGGAUUUAUAAGGUAUAUGAACUCAGACGAAUGUUCAGUAUUUAAAAGCGAACACAGGACCAUCUACCAAGAUAUGAACCAGCCAUUAUGUGAUUAUUAUAUUUCAUCUUCUCACAACACCUACUUGAUAUCUGAUCAACUAAUGGGACCCAGUCAUUUAUGGGGAUACACCAGUGCUCUUUUAAAAGGAUGUCGUUGCCUGGAAAUCGACUGCUGGGAUGGCAACAACAAUGAACCUAUUGUGUAUCAUGGUCACACUUUAACAACCAAAAUUCCAUUUCGUUCUGUAAUUCAUGUGAUUGACAAGUAUGCAUUUAUGUCAUCUGCCUAUCCAGUUGUACUGUCUUUAGAGAACCACUGCAGCCCUAAACAACAGGAAGUAAUGGCAGAAUGUAUGAAAAACAUUCUAGGUGAAAAACUUCUUUCUUCACCAAUUGGUGGUGAAGUAGACAUGACUCAACUGCCUUCUCCUGAGKCUUUAAAAUUUAAAGUUCUGAUAAAAAAUAAAAAAGCUGGAACACAUGAGGAAGCCAUGCUCAGGUUGGAGAAUGAAUAUCGUGGUGAGACAGAGGACGUGUCUGACUCAGAYGCUAUGUCUGAGGACGAAGACACAGAUGACACGUUGCCUCUUCAGCGAUCGAGGAGUCCCACUAAAAGAAGAGGAGAACGUAGAUCUACACCCCCACCUCAAAAAAAGGCAAAGGUGAAGAAGGGAAAGAUUGCCAUUGCAUUGUCGGAUCUUGUGGUUUAUACUAAAUCUCAGAAGUUUGUGAGCUUUGACCAUUCCAUGGAGAAUCAGAAGUGCUAUGAAAAUAAUUCGAUUGGAGAAUCYCUAGCACGAAAACUUCUACGAUCUUCACCUAGAGAGUUUAUUGCACAUACUACAAGGUUUAUUACAAGAAUUUACCCCAAGGGAACAAGAAUGAGCUCUUCCAAUUAUAAUCCUCAAGAGUUCUGGAAUGUGGGAUGUCAAAUGGUGGCCUUAAACUUCCAAACACCGGGAACACAAAUGGAAUUGCAAGAUGGAAAAUUCCUGGACAACGGUGGUUGUGGCUAUGUGCUGAAACCCGAAUUCUUGAGGGAUCGCAAUACAACCUUUACACCCCACAAUGUGGGAGGAUACAGCAAACCGAUGUCUCUGUCAAUAAGGCUGAUCAGUGGCCAUCAGUUACCACCCAGCAGCCUGUCGAGGACCAACAAAGCUGACCCUAUGGUGCAGAUAGAAAUAUAUGGUGUGCCAGAGGAUCAAGCAAGAAAGAAAUCUAGUGUUGUAAAAAGCAAUGCUUUGUGCCCUAAGUGGAAUGAAACUUUCUCUUUUCACAUCCAAGUUCCAGAACUGGCAAUGAUACGCUUCUGUGUGGAGGAUGAGGUCUCUCUGGUUAACAAUGAAUUCCUGGGCCAGUACACCUUACCUGUGAUGAGCUUGAAUACAGGUUACCGYCACAUUCCACUGUUGUCCAAAGAAGGCAUCAAGCUGGAAUGUGCAUCACUUUUUGCACAUAUCUGGUACUAUUAAUGAUGUCCUGCAGAAGAAAUUGUUCUGGGGGAUUGUCCCCCACUACAAUAAAGCAGCCUCACUGUUUUUGCAACAGCCCAAUGGCCUGAUUCCCAGAGUGGCACAUUCUCAAUGAUUUUAUGAAGCCAGAGGAACUUUGGUGUUAGGGGUAUUCUGAAUAAGGGCUACUGACCUCAGCCCUACUGCUAUUUUUCUACAGGAGAAGACUGGGUUUGAGAACGCCUAAGGAAGCUGAAA